GACUUUUUAUUCCUAUUCAAAUUCCAUAAACUGCGGUAGCAUUUACGUGUAGGGAUCAGUAUGAGUUUUUCAAAAACAAUUAAAAUAUUUGUUUCUUUCUCUAUGUCUUUGAUUUUUGUGAUGGUUAUGUUCAGUUCAUCUGUUGAAGCAUACUCGUAUAUAAAAGGAGAGACUCCAGUGGAGGCGCACUGUCCUGGGGAAUACUGUGGGCGUAUCCGCCUGGACAAUGGCAACUGGAGCUCCUGCCAGUCCUGCCCGCGUGGAUACAGGGCGAACGAGAGCUCGUCGUGCGCGCUGUGCGACUCGGAGCCCACCUUCUACGAUGGCAUGUACCUGGGCUUCAUGGGCCUGCUGUCGCUGCUCAUGCACUGGGUGUGCAUCGACCGGCACGCGCGCAGCGCCAGGUUUACAGUCGGUAUCAUGGUGCAGCACCUCUCAGCUCUGGCCGAGUCGGUACUGGCCGCCGCUGGUACCCUGCUACUGACCGAGCCCAUCGGCUCUGUGCGGGUCACCUCGUGCCGCGUCAAAUCGCUGGCUGACUGGUACACGGUGGCCUACAACCCGACUCCCAACUACGAGAGGACGCUCAGCUGCACCCAGGAGGCCGUCUACCCGCUGUACAGCAUGGUGUUUCUGUACUACACGCUGUCGCUGGUUGCCAUGGUAACGAUCCGGCCGUGGCUGGCGGCACGGUACCUGCCCGGCAGCGGAUCGAGGGCCGUCUUCACGGCGCUCUACUUCUUCCCGUCACUGGUCCUCGUGCACGCCAUUUUCGCCGGGAUUCUUUACGAGAUAUUCCCGUACCUGGUGAUGGUGGCGUCUGUGAUCUCCGUGGCCGUGCACUACGCGUGCCAGCUGAACCAGCAGAUGCGCGCCCUGGUGCUGCACUCUGUGACGGAGCUGCGCAGCGCCGUCAUUGUCCUCGGACACUGGCUGCUGCAUGCCUACGGCCUGGUGGCGGUUACACAGCUGAGUCGGCCGCUGCUUCACUCGCUGAUGCUGCUCCUGGUGCCGUUCCCCACUGUGUUUUAUAUUAUCACCGUGAGGUUUACUGACCCGGCGCGGAUGGGGACGUCAUAGGGGGACAGGGGAUGUCAGGGAUGGGGUGGGGUGGGGAUGGUGAUGUAAAGGGGACCCGGGACAGGGUGGGGUUUGUAUGCAGGUGGUAUGUAGUGUGGCCGAGGUAUGGGUGGGCGUUGCAUGAAACUCUAGCCGCGGAACGGUGGAUCAUCCAUAAGCUCUGCUUCGGGGUCCGGGUUUUCCUUGGCGUUUUUCGAUGCCCCUGUUAC